UUUGUUUUCUCUCUCCCCUCAUUCAUGAUAAAUCUAGGGUUUCUGAGAGAAGUUCCCAGAAAUCUGUAUCACACGCCCUCCUCCCAAAAUCUCUCUUCUUCUCUUUAUCUACCUCUACCGAUCGAUAAGAUAAAUAGAUAUAAAUAUACACACAAAUAGAAAAACACAUCAAUCCAAGCGCAUACACAUACAAAUCAAGAGAAGAUUAUUUUGAUAAGGAUUAAAUAAGGAUGGUGAGGGGAAAGACUGAGAUGAAGAGGAUAGAGAACGCAACGAGCAGGCAAGUGACCUUCUCCAAGAGAAGAAAUGGACUUUUGAAGAAAGCCUUCGAGUUAUCAGUCCUUUGUGAUGCUGAAGUUGCUUUGAUCAUCUUCUCUCCAAGUUCCAAACUCUAUGAGUUCUCUAGCUCUGGUAUCGCAAACACAAUAGAACGAUACCAGAGACGAGUCAAAGAAACUGGACUUAAUCACAAGAGAGAUGAUAAUUCUCAGCAAGCAAGAGACGAGAUAUAUGGUUUAACAAAAAAGAUUGAGCAACUAGAGAUAUCUAAACGGAAAUUGCUUGGAGAAGGUAUUGAUGCAUGUUCUAUUGAGGAGCUGCAACAGUUAGAGAAUCAAUUAGAGCGAGGCUUGACCAGGAUAAGAGCCAAGAAGUACCAACUACUCCGUGAAGAAAUCGAGAAGUUGAAGGAAGAGGAGAGGAAUCUCAUUAAGGAAAAUACAGAGCUGAAGGAGAAGUUGCAUGGGAUGGGAGCAAUAGUAGUAGCAUCAUCAUCAUCAACCUUAUCAUCAGCGGAAGUGAACAUGGAUGACAAUGGCAACAUGGAAGUGGAGACCGGUUUGUUCAUUGGACCUCCUGAGACAAGACAAUGGAAGAAAAUCCCUCCUCAAAACUAAUCAUCAAGAACGUGUGUUAUUUAUGAACCUUAUUAUAUAUAUUUUCUUCCAAAAGUCUGAGAUGUCAAUAAGUUAAAUACCUAUUACAUUGUGUAUUUAACUGGUUAAGGAGUUAAAAUAAAAAUGUGUAUUUAACUGGUUAAGGAGUUAAAAUAAAAAAAAAUGUUUCAUGU